AUGAGGGUCAUCCAGGCUUUUGGAAGCAUACGGAGCUGCCGCCUGUCCUUCAUAUUCGUAUUCGCUGCUACGAUGGGCGACGACGGACGUCAACCACCCCAGGACACGUACGAGGAACUACGCAAGAAAGAGGUUUUCGCGGGAGAAUUGGCGCCGGCACAACACGAAUCUUUUCGAUUGGAUAGACGCGAUCUGCGAAGCAUUUUGGACGCUAUCAGGUCGAAAAACCAGUCCUUCUACAUCUUCGGCACCGACCGUCAAAUGUGA